AUGGGACCUUUGAAUUUUCUUCCAGCCUUGGUUCUAUCCAUGUGCUGUCAUGUCCAGUUUACAUUAGCUUGGACAGUGAAUAACUUCCUCAUGACUGGACCAAAGGCUUUUCUGACCUAUGCCAGCAGUGUGCAGUUGGGCGCACAGAGUGGAAUACAAGAGUGUAAACACCAGUUUGCGUGGGAGAGGUGGAACUGUCCAGAGAACACGCUCCAAUUAUCCACACACAACGGCCUGAGAAGUGCCACAAGGGAGACAUCUUUUGUCCAUGCCAUCAGCGCAGCCGGGGUGAUGUACACGCUCACCAAGAAUUGUAGCAUGGGUGACUUUGACAACUGUGGCUGCGAUGACUCCAGGAUUGGACAGACAGGUGGACGAGGGUGGAUUUGGGGUGGCUGCAGUGAUAAUGUGGCAUUUGGAGAGAAGAUCUCCAAACAGUUCGUGGACGCACUAGAAGGUGGUCAUGACUCGCGGGCAUCAGUCAACCUGCACAACAAUGAAGCAGGCAGACUGGCAAUCAAAGCUACCAUGAGGAAAGCCUGUAAGUGUCACGGAGUGUCCGGGAGCUGCAGCAUCCAGACCUGCUGGAUGCAGUUGGCCGACUUUAGGGAGGUGGGGAGCUACUUGAAGAUGAAGCACGAACAAGCGAAGAAGCUGGAGAUGGACAAGAAGCCUGCAAGGGCCGGAAACAGUGCAGACAACAGAGGAGCCAUCGCGCACACUUUUCGGAGCAUCGCUCGGACGGAGCUGAUUUACCUGGAGGAUUCCCCGAAUUACUGCGUCAAGAACCUUAGCCUGGGUUACCAGGGCAUGGAGGGGAGGGAGUGUCUGAAGGGGAGUAAGAGCACCGGUCAUCGGGAGAAAAAAAGCUGCCGCAGGCUGUGCUCUGAAUGCGGCCUCAGAGUGGUGGAGAAGCGCAUUGAGGUUGUGAGUAGCUGCAACUGCAAGUUUCACUGGUGCUGCACAGUCAAGUGUGACAAAUGUAUGCAGGUUGUUACUAAAUAUUACUGCGCACGUAGAGACGGCGGAAGAAAACCACAAAACAAAACGAGGCGCAGACACCGCGAGCGUCGGCAAUGA